UAAAGCUAGUGACGCUAUUCCCAACCUGAAGCGACACAUUUCUGCAUAGCAUCAAUAUACAACCUCAGCCCGGCAUAUGGCGUUUUUGUCAUUCUCUCCACUUAACAUAACAACCCCAAUCCUAUAAAUUUAUUUCAAGAUGUCUACCUCCAAAGCCACAGAAGUGCCUACAGAAAUGCCUGAAAAAAUCCCCGACCUUCCCCCAUCAUUCCAAGAAACAAUGGCCUCCUCACCACUCAUCUUCAAAACUCAAUUCGCCUGCAUGACCUUCAACAUGUCAGAUAGAAUCCGUCUCAUAAACUUCACAGAAGCAGAAGCAUCAGGCAUCAAAGAAGUCGUCACAGCGCGGUGGUCACUUGGUCUUGUGCAUGUGAAGCCAUAUGGGGAGUCAAUGGAGCUUUGGCUCCGUGGAAGGCCAUGGUCGCAUAGAGCUGGUGGGAAUGAUGAUUCCAGGAGGUUAGUAUUGGGAAUUUUGGAGAGACUGUUUGAUAUGGGUUGGGUAUUGCAAGGAUCAAUGGAAAUCACGCUCAAGUCUGAGAGCAAAGACUCGCUCAUUUUUCGAAAACAAGAUCCCAUCCCACCGCCCUGCGACUGGAUCUGCAUAUCCUUCGACAACAGCGAUAAAUUGAAGAUCGUAGACUCACCGCCCAAAGACCUCACAGACGCAAUCCUACAAACGUUUGGCCGUGAUGUCAGACGUAGUGAGAUUACAUCUGACAGGGUCAAGAUCCAUCUUAUGAACAUGCCGUGGAAUCCUUCGGGGACAGAUACUGUCACGACGAGAAUCAUACUGCUGAAGUUGAUUGAGACGUUGGAGAGAUGUGGAUUUACGAUUUAUGCUACGAUUGGGUCGAAGGGGGAGGACGAGGAGGGGGCUCAGGAUUUGUUGGUUUGUCAGAGGCAGAAGGGUUGGAUUCCUGGGGCGCCUAUAUGGCAUCGCUAGAGUAGAGAUGGAGGGAGAAUGAGUUCAGCCAACGAGACACGUCGAGUUAGGACGACGAGAAUACCACUCCAUUAUCUGCCAAGGUGAUGCAUCCCAAUAUAAAAAGAAAGCAGAAUAAUCAGGACAGGAGAGUAAGAUAUCUAAAUGACCACAACAAAAGAAGAGUCUUGAAGGGAUAU